AUCAACAAGGCAAAGCGAACCAAACCAUAGCUUGUAGGCCCUACUUUUUCUUUUACCGCAAGCGGAGGUUUGCCUUGUUUAAAUAGCAUACGUAAAAUUAUCUUAAUUAAUUUCGGUUAUUCCUCUUUUUCUUUUGUUUCUUAUUUUUAUAUACUCUAAAAAUGGCUAUUGGAAAAUUAACUGUUGCUCCCGAAACCGUACGCGGUCUUCCUUCUGGAUUGAAUGAUGCUCGACUCUUUGUCGGUUGCUUUAUUCAAGAGUCUGAUAAGCACAGAACUCAUUCUGAAAGUGGACCUCAACCUAACUGGAAGAAUACAUUAACAUGUGAUGUUCGUGAAGGCCAAGAAUACUUGAAUAUCGAGUUGGUCAAUGAACACCCUCAACAAGGUGGUAUUGUGGCUACAGGAAGAGUUCCUUUGAAUGAUGUCUACAAUCGAGGCCAUGAAUCCAAAUGGGUUCAGUUGAAGUCCAGCGCCGGACAAUCCUAUGGUGAACUCAAAUUGAAUAUCUCUUUCAAUGGCACUAGCUCCGUUAGUUCUGUUACAUCAUCCUUUGGUGAUAUGAACUUGAGUAGCGGUCAACAAGCACAUUAUUCCCAAACUAGCUCGCACUAUUCCUCAUCUAGCCAUAACCAAUCAGACAGUCGUCAAGGCUCAUUUGCCUCUUUAGGCCCUGCUAAUCCUAUUCCUCAAAAUUAUGGUGCCGGAAGUCCUCCACCUUUUACACCUCCUGCUGCUGUCUCUUAUCCUGAAAGAAGCAACAGCUCUAUGCCAAACAGUGGUGUAGCUUCCAACGAGUUGAUUGAUAAGAAUGGUGUUGUUAACCCAGAAAAGAUGUCUCCCGGUGAAUUUGAAGAAGCCAAGGCUAGAGGCACAAUUCCCACUUGGGCUAAGUAUGGUGGUGGCGCUUUAGCUGGUGUUGCUGCUUUAGGUCUUUCUGCUUGGGGUGCUCAUGAACUCAAGGAGCACUUUGAUAAAAAGGAAGAAGAAAAAAACAAGCACAAACAAAGUGAAUCCAAGCCAUUUGUCAUUCCCUCGGGCUAUCUUCAACAAGAACAACAACAUGCUCCCCCUCAGCAACAACAACAGCAACAACAACAGCAACAACAACAGCAACAACAGCACUAUGCCCCCCUCAGCAACAACAACAUUUUGCUGCUUCUCACCAUGAAGAACACAAAAAGGAGAAGAAGGAGAAAAAAGACAAGAAAGACAAGAAAGAAAAGAAGCACAAGAAGCACGGUGGAAGCGACUCCUCUGAUUCCUCUGACUCGUCUGACUCAGAUUCUGAUGAUGACCGUAAGGGAAAGAAGGAAAAGCACCACAAAAAGAAGGAUAGCGAAUGGAAGUAAACAUUGUGUCAUUUGAUAAUAAACCGAUUGU